AUGACAAGAGUCCCGCUAAUACUGCUCGUGACUUUUGUUCUCACGAACUUCAGUGAGGCUGAUGUAUCGCGACUGAACUUCAAAAUCAGGCCGAUGAAAUACAGCAUUUUUGUGAAUUUCGAAGAAUACGACAUCAAUCAGGAGAAACCGUGGACAUUUCAAGGAGUUGUGAAUAUCUUAAUACAGAUAUACGUAGAUGAUGUGAGAUCAAUAACACUCAAUUCCUUCAAGCUCAAUAUCUUCGAACAGCAUCUCAAGCUGAAGUGUUGUAAUACGGACAAUCUUCUUGUUGGAAAACCAACGUACAAUCCAGACAAACAGCAAGUGACUUUUGAUCUCAAAGAAUCGCUUAACAAGAGUAGCGAAAUCAUACUAAGCAUGAAAUAUCGCGGUGAGAUCUCUAAUGACAAACAAGGAAUGUUCAAGACCAUCUAUGAUUCGGAAACUGAAAAGAGGCAAAUUAUUAUGACUGUCUUAGAGCCUCAUUUUGCUCGCACUUUUAUGCCAUGUUUCGAUGAGCCUCGGAUGAAGGCGCAAUUUAAGCUGAAAGUUCGGCGGGCAUUUUCAAUGUCAGUCUUAUCAAAUAUGCCUCUUCUAAAUUCUGUUAAUGAUGAUUUCGUAGACUUCACCAAUGAUACCUUUAAGACAACUCCACCAAUCUCCACAUACAUGUUGGCUCUGUUCAUGGCAGAAUCUCAGAAUUUCCCCGCAUAUGAGGUAAACUCAACUAUUAACAUAAUCUCCCGCACAGAAAUGCAGCAACAUCGUGAAUAUGCAGCGUCCAUUGCUCCAAAGAUUCUAGAAUACUUUGAUUUUAUAUUCGAUCUGCCGUAUAAGGAAUUUAUGCCAAAGAUAGAUAUUGUGGCAGUGCCGAAUUUCACUGAUUUGCCCACGGAGAAUCCAGGUUUAAUCACUCUACGUGAAUCUGCACUUUUGUAUUCACCCGAAAAGACCUCGGCGACGCAGCAGCGAUUCAUCAUGGAGUUGCUCAUGCACAAGCUUGCGCACACGUGGUUCGGCAAUCUAGUCACCAUUUCAAAAUGGAAAGAUCUGUGGCUAAAUGUGGGCUUUGCCAAGUUCUUUGAAAGCUUCUCCAUUCCCUGCCUGAAGAUCUCCGAAGACUUUCCGACGCUUUUCACUGUGCAUGUGAUGCACGAAGCCCUGGACUUCGAUUCAAGCAAUGUUACUCAUGCUAUGGGGAUUGACAAUUUCGAAUCAUACGAAGAUAUUGUGCAAAAGUACGAUACAAUCUCGUACAAUAAAGCUGCCUCAGUGAUACGAAUGUGGCAACAUCAUUUAGGGCCAGAUCUCUUUGGAAAAGUUAUGGUGCAGUACUUGAAGGAGAAAAAAUUAAAAACAACUGAACCUUCGGUCCUCCUCAAAAUAAUGGAGAGUGUGAAGCAGGACGAGCAGAACCAUACAAAAGCGAUUUUUCAGACAUAUACGAGAUUGCCGAACUAUCCAAUUAUCGAGGUGAACAUUAACAAAGUCCGAAACUCCGCGAAUCUAACUCAAUCAAAUUAUUGCUCAGAGUGUCGUAGUGAAGAAAAUGAUUUAUGGGCCAUUCCCAUAACAUUUGUCAGCAAAAGACAGUACAACUUCAGCGACACUGCCACUAAAGCUGUUUUAAUAGAUCAGCUGGAAUUGAAACUCGAUGCAGUGCCAAAUAGUUGGGUCAUCUUCAAUGUGCAGCAAGUGGGCUAUUAUCGCGUAAAGUACGACUUGAGAUCUUGGCGGCUAAUCCUCAAAGGCCUCAAUUCGCCAAACUUUGAUGGAAUUCAUGAGAUCAACCGUGCGCAAAUCAUCGAUGAUAUGAUGCAUAUGGCCAAAUUGGAUUUGCUUGCUUACAGCGUCGUUUUCAGCGCGCUGGAGUAUUUGCAGAAGGAAACGCAUUACGUUCCCUGGAAGGCAGCGCUGAACUCCUUCAAGUUCCUCAGCUAUCGCUUGAGGGACCAAGAUAGGGAUGUUUUUGGCAGAUUCAUUCUAAAGACCAUAGAGAAUGUCUACAACCAAGUGGGCUUCUUUCCCAUUCCUUCGGACUCGUACUUGACCAGGUAUCUUCGCAUCGACAUCGCUGAGUGGGCCUGCACUUACGGCCACAGUGAUUGUUUGUACUAUGCAAGACAACAGUACAGAUAUAUGAAGACUAGCGGAAGCCACGAGAUUCCAGUGGACAUCAGAGAAACCGUGUUCUGCACUUUCCUUCGCGACGGCGGCGUGAAGGAAUUCAAUUUCUUGUGGAAGCGCUUCAAGUCUGAAAUUCUGGAAACGGAGCAAAUAAGGAUUCUCAAUAGUUUGGGAUGCACAAACACUGACAAGUCCGUCGAAUUGCUCAUGUCCAAGAUUUUCUCCCCAGAAAUUGACGAUGGCCUGAAAAAAGACACUUUUCUCAAUGCGGUGUCGAGAAAUCAGGAGAAUGUCCAUCGAAUUUGGUCUUACAUUAUUGAAAAUCACGAAAAAAUGAGUAGAAAUCUCAUUCAUGGAUAUAUUGAUGUAAUUCAAUAUAUUGCAACUGUUGCGAAAUUCAUGAAGAAUUCACAGCAAUUGUCAGAACUCGAAGAAUUCAUAGAGAACACGGGCGUAAAACUGAAAACAUACAAAGACGAUCUCGAAAAAGCUGCCGAGAUAGUAAAAAGAUCAUUGCAAUGGAAUGAUCGCAACCUCGAUGAAGUUAUUCUGCAAAUAGAGAUGUUAGCAAGUGGCAAUAUUUUCACAGCAUCAAAAUUAUUAUUGAUGCUCACUUACGUCAACAUAAUUCAUUCCAUCAUGUGA